AGAACUUCCAGUCGCUUUCUUUCGUGUUUCCCCUCGGAAGUAAGCUCCUCUCCCUCAGUUCAAACUUGACGGACAACAACAUCUUGAGAAAUAAAUUGUACUUCACCUUAACUUUUUCAACCUCCACACAAAAAGCCUCUGCAUCAAGAAAUUUCCAGCAGCUGGUUCACAUCGCACAAAACACAACUCAACAUCUACACGCACACUAGUAACAGCAAGAAAAACGCCAAAUCAUUUCGCACCGUCAUCGACAUUCGAAGACCCGGAACAGAAGAGGAAGCGCGAAGCGAAAACCCAAAAACUUCUUUCUCGUCAACGAAAACCGACCGAGGAAGUCAUGUCUUUCUUGACCAGGAUAUCAUUCAGAAAAUCGCUAGCACAGAAACAUGAAACUUCUUCGACGUUUGCAUUUCGCGUAUGUUGGACCCCGCAGGUGUGGGUGUCCGAACCUUGCUUGCAUUAGCGUUCGGUAAGACUAAGACUAACGUGCUUUUUGUUUUUCUUUGCCCGAGCCUGUCGUCUUUAUUUACACCCAUGCCCUGCAGUUUUGGUUUUGCGAGUGAUAAUUUUUCGGUCUCUGUGCUAAGAAUUUUUUGUAUGAUACGGGAGUACUUUUGCGGCCGUCGCGGCCGCGCAUUUGGCGGACGGAGUGUCCGUGCUGGUCUUGAACGCCGUAUCAAACUGGAAUGUCUCAUGAUCACGUUUGCAUUGGGCGCGACCCCGUACGUGGAAAAUUUAUACUAAUUGUAGUUCUGGUGCCGCAGAGAGCACAGGAUCAUGGGAGCGGAACAUGCAUGCUGAGGUUUAGCUAGUGCGAGACGAGGACGCAGCGCGCACAACACGAAAAAUAUUGACAUGAAGAUUUCAUCUCAUCAAACUCCACUGACUUCUACUUGCUGAUGGAAGCAUAACUUACUAGUGCACGUAUAUUUGAAUAAAUCCAGUGUCAGCUACGAGUAGAAUUCUAUUUUCCUCGUCUUCAUCUUGCUGCAGUUCCCGCAGUCGCUGCUGCGCUGCCGCGACCUCAAAAGUAAUAGCUUGACAUUUGGAUCGACAUCGAUUCUUACUUUACUAGAUGAAGAUGAAAGCUGCAACGCAUCGAUCCUGAGACAUUUUUUUCAGUCGAUACGCGAACACCAAGGCCGAAAAACAAAAAGCGCCGGCGCGGCUUGUUGACAAGCUGGAUCCGCGCACUGCCAGCUCUGCGGUGCAGGUCAAGGACGGCGAAACCAGUUCCCCUACCACCGCGGAACCCCCUGCUUCUCCCCCCACUGUCGAUGAGCUACAGGACGCGUUGGAAUUGGAGGAGGAAAAACUGAAAAAUAUGGCACUUGAAUUGACGGUUGCGAAAACCGAACUGGGUACACUGCAAACAGAGAAGGCCGCCUUGCAGGCCGACAAGGCCGCACUGGAGCAGCAGAUCGCGGCGAUGCCCGACGCUGAGGCCAUCGUCGAGCUGCAAACGAACUUGACCGCCGCGCUGAGCCAAAUCGACCACCUGCUGGAGGGCAAACAAAACCUCACGGACCGGUUGGAAGCCGCCACGGCAGCGUUGGAAGCCACCGCGGCCGAUUUGCAAACCGAAAAGGACAAGGUGAUUACCGCGCAAACUGAGUUGGCCGCCGCUGAGGCGGCGGCUGCUGAUUGGGAGAAAAAGUUCAAGAAAUUGAAGACCCAGACCGAACAUGCGCACGGACAUCACAACGCUGUACGACUGCUUUCUCCAUUUUUUUUCAGUGUAUGAUGUCGCAUUUUACUUCUUCUUACUAUACUUACAUGCGUCUAGCUACUUCUGCAUCACACUGCGAUGAGGACGACCUUGGCAUCUCCUAUAUUCGAUUUUUUCGAUUUCGAAACACCAACAUCACUACAAAACAGGGCCAGAACACGACCGCCGACACACUCUGCAAGCCGCUGACGACGAUGGAGGCGUUAUGAGGAAAAAACAGAACUACAGCUCCACAACACCGUAUCACGUUCCUGAAAUAGGGGAACUACGAGCAGCCCGAGUCAUGAUUUUGAUAUGUAGACAUAAACAGUAUUUACAUACUAGAAGAUGAAGUGCAGGACGCGGUGCUGCGGAACAAAAGUGUUUGUUUUCCUUGCAUAGGAGUGCGAAGCCGCAACCGACGCGGAAGCCACCGCGUGUGUCUGGGACAACGAAAAAUGCACGGUCGGAAAGGAUGUCAUCAACAUGAAAGGCCCGGGGGUAAUUGUUGUUGAAUUAUAUGCUCUCAACGUGUAGAAGUUGUUCUAUUGGGGUCUGUAUCGGUUUCCCUAUUACAAGCUCAAGAAUAUAUCCCUGCAGCUGUAUGUCGACAGAUUUGCACUUUAAUGUGCACAGAUAAGAUUCGCUGAAGCUAUGCGAUCAGCUGAAUUGUUAAUACUGUUGGUCUCUAUUCUCGAAAUUGAUUCGUAGACGUCGAAAAAAAAACUGCGACAGUGUGGUAGAUGAAAGUGAAAGCCAAGAAAGAGGCGUAAAAGUAGAUGUAAGCACUUUAAUAUUAAACAGGACGCGGUCAAACAGAAGGAAAAGGAGCACGAACAGAAGGGAGACAUUCCUGUUGCCGGAGCGAUCGGCGAAACCGCGGCGAAGGCGAACAUCAAGGACGGCGUCCUGGAGCUGAGCAAGCAGGACAACAUGGACCUUUGGGAAUUUAUCAUCUACAAAAGUGACCCCCUGCCGAAUUUUUUCGAUCAGCUUCUGGCGCAUCAGCUUUCUCGGAACUUUUUUACACCUUUGUUGGAUUUUGUUUACAAAGUUAAAUAUCAAUAUGAUGCGUCUCGGGGUGGACGUGGUGGGCGCUCGUAACUGCUUCAGCUUUUGCAAGUCGUGAUGGUCCUCCCGGGGUAUCAAUUUUAAUUUAGUGCGUUAAGUCAUCGAUCUGGUUAUGUUGAGUCAUUGUCGGUUCAUUUCAUUUUCCCCCACUCCAUUUGAUUUGUAUCCUGUUCUACUUUUCGUGUCCUGCGUUGUAGGCACGAAAAGAUCCACAGAACCACGAUUGUAGCGCUUCAGGCUCUGUUUCUUGUACGAGGUGAAAUCAAUCUUGUAUGGGUUUCCUUCCUGUUCUACAUCUGCUCCUCGCAAAAUAAAAGUAUAGUGCUGGUGGCUGUAUCCAGAUGGUACAGAUACCACAUUGAUUCAGCCAGCACAGUGAGCAGCGAACCACGCUUGCAGCUCCGCACCAUGGGAACAAGUUCUUGAAGCGGGAUCAUAGUACUAACUAUGAGUAAAGUAAAAAAAGUUAUGGUUAUGCUGAAAAAAUAUUAGCACGAGGGGUCACUUUUGUAGGCGAUACGACUGUUCAAGAACAGCGAGGCGACGCAGCACAAGUGCAAGGGUGAAGUUACCGACGCCUGUCUCGCGCGCUUCAAAACGACCUUCCACGACCUCUACUUAUCGACCAGUAGAAAGACCUAGCCUUAGUACAAUAACGAUGAGGCUCAGGAAGACCGUCCUACUAUUGUUUUCUACGAUGCACCAAACAGUCAUGGACCACAUCAUUCAAAGCAUGCACGAAAAUAUGAAUGCAAAUACAGGCCACAGAUGAACUGAAACCUUGGCAUUUUCAUUUUUCAAAGAAGAAGAAGCACUGUACAACAAUAAAAUACUAAGUAACAACGAAUGAAAUCAAAGCCAGGACAAGCCUGAUCGUUAUUGAUGAGAGCUACGUCUCUCCCACGGCAUACCCCUUUGACUCGGACCACAGCCCCUCGAAGCGGCAUUGCGUCGUCGCGGACGCGGAAACGGACACGCCGUUUUUGAUCACGAUCGAGAGCAAGCCCGACGGGAACUGCCGCCUGGUAGACCUGACCAAAAUGAAGUUCCGCCACAUCACGCCGGAGGAGGCCGAGAAGUUCAACGCCGUGCGCAGCCAGGAGCACUGCACCGACUGCCUGCAGAACUUCUGUGUCAUCUGCCUCGUCUGCCUAUCCAGGGAAGAUACAACUAGCAAUUCCAAUGUUUUCAUCUCUGCCCACUACGUGUUUUACCUUUUGAGUUCUUACUGGGCUUCUGGACCUAGUGCUGACUUUUGUGCAUAUCCAUAUUUUCUCGCCUUUAUUCGUUUUUUCACCGAGUGAAGGUGAAUUUGUCUUCAGUGGUUUUCGUGUCUUACAGGAGCAGAAGAAACCUCCGCGGCAUGGUGGGAAGAAGAUCAAGAAAUUUUGCAUGGGAAACAGCAAAAUUAUAAUACCAUUCUUUCAUCUGAUGUAUUAAAAUGUAAAAGUGUAACUGUAAUGGGCGGGUGUGAGACGUGGGACCGGUGCUAGUUUUUCUCCCUGAUAGUGAACUCUGGUUCUCGCGGUUUGCUUUGUGCUUUACCAGCUGUGCGAUCGUCGCCGACCGGCGGCCGCGACGGGAAACCGCCAGCAAGGCGCUGCUCGUCCAGCGCAGCCGCGCGGACCCCUUGCGGGCCAACAGCAGGCGAACAACGUGGCUGCGGGGGGAGUGGAGUCCGGCGACGGUAGCAAGAUGAAGUAGAGCACUUUCCCUUUGCACCAAAAGUCUUCUAGGUAGACUUUUUAUCCGCGUCGUGCCCGAUUCAUUGCCGACGAGACAGGACAUUGAGGCAUGUCAAGAACUCUUCCAGUGGCAAUUUUCGUUCCUGGGAUUCAAUUUAACGUUAGAGUUGGAACAGCGGCAGAUUGGCUAGAAGUACACCUGCGCCUGCUAUAUGUUGCGCACACGAUUUAUACUUAUAGAAAGGUCAAAAACAAAAUCGUAUUCGACGUCGUGUUGCUGUUGGACUGUCGCCGUGCAUGUUUUGUGCAUGUUUUGUUUUGACUGAUGGUGCGAGGGAAAAGGUUUUGGUUUGGAUAAACGAGGCCGUCACGUCGCAGGAGCAGCAGUUGUGAGCUCAUCGCAGAUAUCAAAUGCAAAAAUGUCUGGGUCUGGAAACUUGUAAUGGUAAAAAUGAAUGAUAGACGCACUGCAAUACGCAGCUAUGCAUGACAAAUUUUUUGACUGCCAUGUCUUACGUGUUCCGCAUGGCAAACCGCGUUUUUGCAUGACAGGUAAGAGGGCCUUUUCGUGCCUAUGCAACACAGAUUCUCGAGUCAUGCCAGACAAGCAUGACAAACUUGCAUUCUUCCAGACCCAGACACUUUUACAGUUGAUAGCAGAUGAGCAGCUAAAACGUGAAGAAGAAGAGAGGGAAGAAGUGCAGUACGAUUUUCCUGCCGGAUCGAAGAUCAUUCAUGAUCAUACACGAUUGUGCCUGAUGCGGGGCAUUUCAAUUGUCAAAGAUUUGGUUCCAUGUUUUCAGCGAUGUCUGGUCUAUCUUAUUGAGUUGAUGAAGAGCUUCGUCGAGGAGAAAGUGGACGAACAGACGGUGAUAGUACAACACGACAGCAAAUAAGCUAUGAAUUACAGAAGCAGCGUUUUGCUUUUCUGCCAAAUAAAUACCGGCAAACUAUUCGAGACACACUAGACGUAGCACGCAGAAUUUAGAUUUUUUUUUACGAUUGUUGUUUUCGCCUUGUUUUUACGACUUACAUUCAUAUUUUAAUUUUUCAUUUUGAACACAAUAUUCUAAUCUGCUUUUUACACAUACAAUAACCCUGUAUGAAUUUAUCGAAUCGAAGUCACAAACAGCUUCUAGUACUUACGUUGUCUCCUUCAAAGUGCGUGUCCAGAGCAUGCUAUUUUCAAAUUAAAUUAGUUAUGGUAGUAUCCCUGCCGCUGCUGUUCCUCCUCACGCAUUCGCGGUGGACGCAACUACACGAUGUCUCGUCCUCUAGAGUUUGCUAUUAUUUACAUCGUUUUCGCCCCAAGCCCAAUCAGAAAAGAAAAAAAUACAAAUCGAUCUCGAUUUCCUCGUUUCAUUAAAGAAUUUUUUUUUGUCGAUCCCGUGAUUCAGAUCUGUAUCUCUUUAAAAGCAUAAGUAUUUGAAAAAAAAAGUCUCGAACUAAAGUAGUCCCCUGUCGCCCCGACCUUGAAACUUUCGAACUCGCAAAAAGAAAAGAAAUACUCGCAAUCCAUUCGGCCAAUGGUGUAUUAAUGCUGCUACAGAUUGUGUAUUUUGCAAACGCAAAGUGCAUGAUUGGAGUUGGACGGCAAGGUAGGAGUCGACAGGAGGUAUCCCCCCCUGGUGUUUCCUGCUGCGCCCAAAAAUUCGAUGGCCACACGAAGCGAAAUUAAGCUUAUUCUUUUCUGAUGAGCUUUCUUAUCGUUGCGAAAGCUUUAUUGCGAUACAGUAGAAGGAGAAGUUCCGCAUGGAUUCGCGAACUCGCAGCUUUAGGCGUAUAGGCUGCAUGUCGCUAUAGAACCCGAGCAACACAGUACAACUUGAGCUUUUCACGAUGCGAGUAAUCGAAAAUAAAAGGCCUUCACCGUCUUCGUGGCAUUGCCGUGCGGUACGAACCCACAUGCUGACUAGGGGAAGCAUGGACGCCGGCAUCGUGUUUCCGGGCGAUCGUGCCACUUCUGUUUUUUGGUCAUCGACAUCGGUCGUUCUUUGCAUCAAACACUAGGUGCGGUCAUUUUCGGUCGUCGACAUCCAUAGCGACUUGCU